GGCACUAUUGCUAGAUCUGCCGGAUUAUUUUCGCUCGUUCGUGGGUCCUGGCAAAAUCACAUCGUCUGGUGCUUGACAGUUGGAUUUCUUGCAAUCACAGGAGCUUUCUAUUUGUUUGGAGCUGUAGUAGUAUGGCAUGCGGAGCCAUAUGAUCGGAAGAUGACAAGACAUAUAUUUGCUGCCUUUACGGGGGUUUUGUGCCUCUGCGUUGGGGCAGGUGUAUUGGCAGCCCUCUACAGCGACUGGGUCGCUGCUAUUGUGGAUAAUUAUGCCGGAAUCCAGUUGGAAACGUUAAGGUUCUAUACUGGACCUAUUUGCGGCGAAGAGACUGCCAUUCUCUCCUUCUAGCUUAUGCUACUACCCCUCAAAUUGAUCCUUGC